AGCUCCGCGGUCCCGCUGCGCGCGCCGCCUAAGCUUCUCCACUGCCCCGCCCGGCUCGGAGCCCGCCCCUAGCCCGACCCACACGUGGGUUCCCGCACGUCCGCCUGGCUCCCCCCUGACGUCAGCCUCGCGGUUCCAUUUAAGGCCCCUCCCGCGCUCAGCUCCGAGUGUCGGAGCUGCUGCCGCCAAGUCCGGAUCCAACCUCGCGCGCCGCUGACGCCCGCCCGCCCGCUCGCCCGACGUGCACUCCCGAUUCCUUUUGGUUCUAAGUCCAAAAUGGCAACUCUCAAAGAUCAGCUGAUUCAGAAUCUUCUUAAGGAAGAACAUACGCCCCAGAAUAAGAUUACAGUUGUUGGGGUUGGUGCUGUUGGCAUGGCUUGUGCCAUCAGUAUCUUAAUGAAGGACUUGGCAGAUGAACUUGCUCUUGUUGAUGUCAUAGAAGACAAACUGAAGGGAGAGAUGAUGGAUCUCCAGCACGGCAGCCUUUUCCUUAGAACACCAAAAAUUGUCUCUGGCAAAGAUUAUAAUGUGACUGCAAACUCCAAGCUGGUUAUUAUCACAGCUGGGGCACGUCAGCAAGAGGGAGAAAGCCGUCUUAAUUUGGUCCAGCGUAACGUGAACAUCUUUAAGUUCAUCAUUCCUAAUAUUGUAAAAUACAGCCCAAACUGCAAGUUGCUUGUCGUUUCCAAUCCAGUGGAUAUCUUGACCUAUGUGGCUUGGAAGAUAAGUGGCUUUCCCAAAAACCGUGUUAUUGGAAGUGGUUGCAAUCUGGAUUCAGCUCGGUUCCGUUACCUAAUGGGGGAAAGACUGGGAGUUCACUCAUUAAGCUGUCACGGGUGGAUCCUUGGGGAGCAUGGAGACUCCAGUGUGCCUGUAUGGAGUGGAGUGAACGUUGCUGGUGUCUCUCUGAAGAAUCUGCACCCUGACUUAGGCACUGAUGGAGAUAAGGAACAGUGGAAAGAGGUUCACAAACAGGUGGUUGACAGUGCCUAUGAGGUGAUCAAACUGAAAGGCUACACUUCCUGGGCCAUUGGACUGUCUGUGGCAGAUCUGGCCGAAAGUAUAAUGAAGAAUCUUAGGCGGGUGCAUCCAAUUUCCACCAUGAUUAAGGGUCUCUAUGGAAUUAAAGAUGAUGUCUUCCUUAGUGUCCCUUGCAUCUUGGGACAGAAUGGAAUUUCAGAUGUUGUGAAGGUGACUCUGACUCCUGAGGAGGAGGCCCGUUUGAAGAAGAGUGCAGAUACACUUUGGGGGAUCCAAAAGGAGCUGCAGUUUUAAAGUUUUCUAAUGUACCACUUCACUGUCUAGA